AUGUUAAACCAACGCUUUAACAAACUUGUACAUUUCUUUUUGACUGAAGAAGUACAUCAUAUACAUUUAACACGCGACUUCAAAUGGCAUGAAGUUGCAUUCAUCAUUGAUCAUGUUAUGCCGUAUCUCGCUGCUAACCAUCAAUUAAAAACUUUUGAACUACGCCAUGCUGAUCUUUUUCUUAAAUUUAUAAACAAUGUGGAUCAAAUCAAUACAGACUAUCUGAAUAAAAUCAUAGUAACACCAUUCAUUGAUAUAGAUUUUGAUAUUAUGAUCAAAUUUUUAUCUAAAUGUUCCCAAUUAAAUGAAAUAAAACUCAAUGUUAUGACUAAUUCAGAUUCAAGUUGGGCUAAUGGUCGAAAAUGGACCCGAUGGUUUGAAACAAUGCAGAAGAGUUAUCGACAUAAUACUCUAAAAACACUUGAUAUAUGUGUCUGGUGUAUAAACACAAAUGAUGCAAUUAAUUUUGAUCCACGACUGUGGAAUCGAGAAGGUAUUUAUCGAGAUAAUAGGGGUUGGAAGGUACAGUUGAAACCAGAUCAAGGUUUGAAUUGGCGACAAUCGAGACGAUCUGUUGAAUUCAGUCGGAGUGACCAAGAUUAUUUGACACUUUUUCGCAAUCAGCAAAAUCCAACUUGCAUUCUUUCUUAG